UGGAUGCUAGUGUUUGCAGGGUUCUGGGUUUCAUGAGAAAUUUAGGACAAACAACCGGUAAUAUGAAUCCAGAAGAUCCUAUUCGAGCCGAAAUGCUUCGGCGAGCUGCUCGUCUAUCAUCCAGUAUAGAAAGCGAAGAAGCCUGGCAUCUUAUCGGACUGUUUCAAGAAACUCAACCAGCGACAUUUCUCCGCAUCUGUCAUCGUAUUUUGGCUUCAUUUCUGGAACUCACACACGACUACUUUGAUCAAGGUUGGCCCCUCAAAUCCCGUCUGCUCUCGGACUCAGGUCACAACGGAGGCUCUAUGAGUAGACGACACCAGUGGCGUAGCAAAACCUUAUCUAUGGCGUUGGAUAAUAUCGUGUGUGACCGUCGAGGAACAUCAACAAUUGAUCCCCUAUUGCUCUCCGGCUAUCGCACUACCAGAAUCCCAAACCAUGUCCUUGGUUCUCCACUUCGAAGGUCACCCUGCGUAAACUGUGAUUCGCCUGACAAAUCACCAGCAGAUAGUAUGAGACGUCAACAGACACCAAACAGUCUUAGUAAACUUAGAGCGAUCACAGCCCGUCGCUUAUUCAAGCAAAUCCUCCCGUCCAAACCAACCAAUGUGAAUCACAAUGGUGGAAUGAAGUUAUUUUCCACUCGACCCGAAGAACCAAUGAACAUUGGUCCUACCAUCACAGACGUUUAUUCCACCGAAGGCUUAUUUCGCAUACCUGGGAACUCCCAACGAAUUCGCGAUCUAUGGAUUCAGAUGCAAGACUAUUUUCAAACUCCUUACAUACGCAUUCCACAGCCCGAACCGGAUAACCACAACACGUGUGCCGCUGUGCACUGGGAUCGUUGGGAUGUCUAUAACAUACUGAGUUGUUAUUCUCCACAUGAUCUUGCCAGUCUACUACUGCGAACAAUUGUAACCGGUUCCCGUAUGACCCCAUCUUCCGCAUUGUCCUCCGCCUCCAAAUAUCCACCUCGGCAUUUGUGGAAUGAUGAUUUUUCCGCCGAUUCCUACAGUACACAUGGUUUGAUACCUACUCAAGCAAGCCACUUGUGUUUUCUUGCCACACGUCUUCAAUACGUUCUGAAUGGAGAUGACUCCCACCUUCCAAGUGAAGAUUGGGUACCGAUAUUGUGCCAAGCCAGACAGCUGUUGACCUAUCGCAUCGUGCUUCAACUGCUCUUACCCGGUCCUGAACGAAACAUUCUACUGGGACUACUCCAGUUGUUCAAUCGGGUUGCGAAAGCGAAUGCAACAUCUAGAAUGUCGGCGGAAUGUUUGGCUCGAUGCGCUGCGGUAGCCGUGUUCGGUCCUCCCUCAGUGACACGCACACCUGAACUAUCCACCUCAGGAUCCGAAGAAAACCCACUGCGCUGGCGAAUUGACACACUUACCAACUUGAUCCACAUGGCCGACCAGUUGUCACAGUUGCCAGAGCUGGUCUACACAAUUGUGCGCAAUCGGUUACGCAUUCGAUUUGGUCACUCUCCGAUUCAGCGUGCGCCACUCACUACGUCAAGUGUUUGUAACUUACCACCAGAUGUCAGUUCAGACAGUAGCGCACACCAACUACCCAAACGCAUGCGGCGAACGAAUCUCCCACUGAAUCCUGACUGGGUUCCUCAAAACAUUAUGACAGGAGUGGGAUCUGUGAUUGAGGGCACAAAAACCGAACUUUCAUCGACAAUUAUCCGCAAAACUCCAGUUCGAAUGAGUUUGCCCCGAUCGGCAUCUGCCCUGGAGCCGGGUACUCGUCUCAGCAAGCCACAGGUCAACAAAUCGCGCGGUCUGAGCGGUGUAGAGGCGUUCCAAUUCUGGCGGAGACAAAAGAGUGCAGCAGUGCAGCAACACCAGCGCGCAAGCGCUCACCGACUAUCCAAAGUACAGAGUGCUAUUGCAUUGAAGCACACCUCUCACCGUUCUAAAGAAGCGGCCAGUUGAAAGCGGUUUUCAUUGCGUGGGAUUCCUCAGUUGACUUUGCCAAGCAUUUCUGUGAUAACCACAUGCCCAAUGUAUGUAUGCACCCUUUCCUAGGCCACGAUUCUUUUCCGACUUUUAUCACGGCAGUGGUCCUUCUAUUCCUCUACUCUACAGCGCUUUUUAUCUUGUUAAGUGAUACAUCAUUCUCAAGCAUCGUAACUCCACCAAGGUCAUCCAUGAUUUGGCUACUGUGUUUUCUUGCGUUGCCCUAUUGUUCGCUUAAUUAUAUCCGAGCUUUCCCGUGUCACUGUUAUUUGGUUUUCAUAUUAACAUAUUGUCCCGACGAACGAGGUGCCUAAUGGCC